CGAAAAGCAUCAAGAUUAAGUAGGGAAGAAGAUCAGCAAAUUGAAGGAAGGACGUUUCAGAAGAGGGGGGAUGAGAGAUGAAUUAGGUGGUACAGAGAGAGCGACGUGAGCGAGAAGUCUCAGUUCGAACCCUUCCGCCUGCUUACACUUUGGGAAAAAAGAAAGAAAGAAAAGGAGUAAGGGCCUUUCAAAACUGGACUCCGCACUCUACGUCGAAGGCGGAAGUACUCUAACAGAUAGGAAACGACACAAGUACACACAACCAACCGAGUGCGCGAAACAUUCAGUGUCCAUCUCCGAGCGCCGUCGUUUCAUAGGGGGAUAAUGGAAGACGGACAAACGCGAAAAUGGAAGCGAUACGGAAGAGACACGACUUACUCACCUAUAAACAAUCUGGAUGACGGCUGUCUGAUGCAUAUCUUCAGCUUUCUUUCCCCUAAACCUGAUCGGUAUAACACCGCCCUCGUUUGCCACAGAUGGCACUUCCUUGCUUGUCAUCCACGGCUUUGGCUUCGCGUAGAUCGUUCUGUCAAAAAUUUAUCUAAGCCAGGUGUCUUCCCCAGCAUUGAAACAGCUGUUGCUGCAGCAAGGCCUGGGGAUACUAUUCUGAUUGCAUCAGGCGGAAGUCAUCUAGCAUCCAACAUCCAGAUCAAAAAACCACUUUGCCUGAUUGGAGCAGGGGAGCUUCCUGAUGAUACAACACUUGUCUGCUCACGAGGCUUUGACAGUGCACUGGAGUUUUCAUCCACCUGUAAACUGGCUAAUUUGACAGUCCGGGCAGAGCUUGGUUGCUGCCUGCUUCAUAGGAGUGGAAGGCUAAUAAUCGAUAGCUGUAUUCUUCAGUGUGAGUCAAAUCCAUUGGACCAUCUCUCAUAUGCAAUAGUGAGCACAGCCAGUGCCACUGAGUACGAGGUAGUGCCAUCUGCUGUAAAGAGCUGCAGUGACAGUGUGUCUGUUUCCCGAACUAGAAUUGAGGGAGGUGCUAAGGCUGUUUUAGCCAGUGGGGCUCUUUCAUUGCAGCAAGUUCGUGUAAUUUAUGCACGGGCUUCUGUCUUUUUCUGGUUUGACAUGGAGCAUCAACAACAAUAAUCACUAACCAUGUUGUAAUUGGAGGAGUUAGAUCGUGUAUUUAGUCUGAAGUUGAUGCUACUGGAGGCCGAUUAUGUUGUUCAUCAUUUAAUUUUAAUUCUCGUGGGAAUUUAUUAUUCCAUGCAUCAUUGGUGCUAUUACUAUUGCUUGAUUGCUGUUGCAUUUAAGACGUACAACUCAUUUUCUUACUGUAAUAUAUAUUAUUUUGCUCUUCAAAGAAAAUUUA